GAUUUUCCGAACAUGGUUUUAAAGAAAAAUACUAUCUAGAUUCAUAGAUUGACUAGAAUUUAGAUUAUUCAUAUUGAAUGAUAUUGUAGAUCGAUCGACGACAUCAGUGUAUAAUCUAGAUAUAACUGUAUAUUUAGAUCUAGAUCUACAGUCUAUAUAUUUAAUAUUUGCAACAAGAGUCUAGUAAUGGUGUAAAUACGUCCAGAUUUUUUAAAUUUUUAUAUUAAAUCUACUUUAUCUAAUCUAGUAUAAUCUAGUCUAAAUUCUUUGAUUAAAAAUCUGAACUGUUUGAUCAGCUGAAAUACAAAGUUGCUUUAAAAUUUGCAUUCUCUAAUUCUCUUUCAAUGAAUCAGAACCAAAAAGAUAUUUUACGGCAUAAUUAUAUGCAGUUGGCAGAAUAUAUUAUGCCUAGCAUUGAACAAGUUUGUAAAAAUCUGUGGAUGGCAAAAGUCAUAUCUAAACCAAUGAUGGAAGAUAUAUUAGAGGGUAAAAAUACUAAUAGAAAAAGAGCCAUGGCACUGUUAGAUCUUCUUCCAUCAAGAGGACCUCAUGCUUUUGAUGUGUUCUUCAGAUCACUUGAAGAGAAUGAUCUCUUUGAAGCAGCAUAUUUAUUAAAACCUGAGCAACGAAAGUCUUAUGAAGAUGUAACAGCAACGUUUACUACAAAACCAGCUGAAAAACUGGGCAGUGGUCAAGAAAAAAAUAAAGUUAUCCAUAAUCCAGAAUUUGAUGAGCUUCCUGACACAUGGCCUUCAGCAGAGGCAUUGAAGAAUUGUGGUGUCAGAAUAAUUCAAACAUCUGAUACUGAACAGCAACAGCUUUACAAAGUUUCUUUAACACCUAAAGGCCAACUUCAAUAUUAUCAAAUGAAAAGUGAAAAAAGAGGAAAAGUUUUGGUAAUUAACAAUGCUAAAUUUGAAACAUUAACAGAAAGAGAUGGUAGUGGGCAAGAUGAGGAGAGUAUUUAUGAAACAUUUCGAGAGCUUAAAUUUGAAGUCCAAGUUCUUCAUGAUAAAACACAUGAGGAAAUUGAAUCAAUCUUGGAAACUGAAUCCAAAAGUGAUUUUAGUGAAUUUGACUGCUUUAUUCUUUUUGUGUUGAGCCAUGGUCAUAAAGAUGUAGUAUAUGGUACAGAUGGAUAUUUUGAUGAGAUAACAAAACAGCCAAAAAACUGUGUACAAAUUACCUACCUGAAAAGCAAGUUGUGUACUAAUAAAUCUCUCAUUGGGAAACCUAAGAUGUUUUUCAUCCAGGCUUGUCAAGGAAACAAGAAAGAUUCAGGCCUGUUCAUAAACCCUGUGGAUCAAGAAUCCAAUUUAAACUUACCACAAUCUGAAUCUUCAAUGUCUCAAGAGAGUGACAUUGACCUUUCGAAAAAUCCUGCACUUUCUGACUCUGGCACAGAGAAUACAUCAAUAGCUAAUAGUGGUCAGUCAGCAGAAGAUCAAACAAAACAUAUAAUGGAAUCUGUUCUUCCAACUGAAGCUCAUGAUGCAUAUGGACCAAAGCUUCCCAGUCAAGCAGAAGUAUUUGUUGCAUUAGCAACAACUGCUGGUUACUUAUCCUGGCGAAACACUAUGUGGGGCACCUGGUUCAUUCGAGCAAUCACUUUUGUUUUUGCUAAAUAUGCCUACAAAUAUGACCUGAAUAAGCUUAUGACAAUGGUUAAUAGCUUAGUAGCCAAAGCAGAGACAAUUAAAGGAAAAUAUAAACAAGUGGCUGAGAAAAGAGAUACAUUUACCAAGACUUUAUAUUUUUUUCCUGGACUGCCAGAGAAUUCAAUAGAUCAUCAACAAACUCAUUAUAAUAAUUAAAUUUUACUAAAUAUGUGUAAUUUUAACAUUGAAGGAAUUGGCAGAUUUUUUAAAGUCACAAUCCUUAGUAAAAAAAAAAACUGAUAGCAAAUGAAUGGCAUUGAACUUCUUUCUAAAUAGAAGCUAAAUAAAUUAAAAUGUUUAAAGCUUUUUUUUUUGUUUAUAAUAUUUUGUGAUCCAAAAUACCCUUACUUUAUUAAUUACAUUUCAAUAAGAAAUGUUUAUUAUAAAUUACUUUAAAUUGUUAUUUCAUAUUUCUUUUGUAAAAAUCAGUGAUAUUACUUCAAGAUUAAAUCUAUCUGAUAAGACUUAUUUCUCUGCUCAGGCAGACUCAGAUCAAAUUGCUUUUAAUAAAAUUUUAAGUGCCAUAUUCAUGUCAGCAAGUUUGAGGCAUAUUUUACACAUUUCCUAGAAAGAUUCUAAAAACGUACUUAUAGAUUGGCAGGCAAAUCUUUGUAUGUGCACAGCUUCUCAGUACAACUGAAACUUUGAACUAAGCCACUUGGAAAGCUAUUUGCCUGACCUUAAAAUUUGUCUUUGUGCUUGUGUCGCAGCUUCUUCUUUCUUCUUCUUCGUUCUCUUUUUUGUGUUGAAGAGUUCAGAUUAAUAGUCCUAUAUCGGAGAUAAACUGCGUAUUGGUUUCCAGAUCCGGCUAAAUGUCUGGUUAUUGAAGCUUGAAUUCAUGCUGACAAUGUUUGUAUGACCUGAUGCCUUGCUUACUGUGAAUUUCACAUGACUGAUGUUUACUGUGUAAUUCACCUGAUUGAAGAUCACUGUGGAUUUCACGAUUUAACUUUACUGUGGAUUUCACCUGAUUUAACUUUACUGUGGAUCUCACCUGACUGAAGUUUACUCUUGAUUUCACCUGACUGAAGUGGCUUUAAUUUCAAGCCUUUUUUUUUUCUUU